AUGACACCUCCUGGUAUCUCAUUACUAUUUUAUUUACUAGCAAUUACUGCCGCACAGAAUCCAUCGUCAACAUUGCAGUUUGUUGAAUUUUGGUUCCGACAUGGCGAGCGAACACCGACGCACUAUAUGUAUUUCCCAAACGAAACCCCUUCUGUUCCAUACACUGAAGCUGAGGCUGGAGAGCUUACGAAUAGGGGAGUUCAACAAGCCUAUCAGCGAGGAAAGUUCAUACGGCAGCGCUACGAUACGUUCCUUGGCAAAGUGUAUCGCCCUUCAGAGAUCCACGUUUGGACCGGCAAGGACAAUCGUACUGUGGUAACCGCUGAAGCAGUACUUGCGGCGGUCUACCCACCAGAUCGAGCUCACAGGUGGUCUCCUGAGCUCAACUGGCAGCCAGUCGCUGUACAUACUGAUCAAACCAUAGAUUGGGUUUCCACUGGGAUUGAUCACGUUUGUACUGAAUACGAGAAGGCAUUAUUCGAUACACCACAGUACAGGAAGAUACUGGAUCCAUUCCGACCAAAUCUGACAGAGUUUCUCGAGAGUAAUACUGGAGUAAAUAUCGCGACUCCGGAGGACUUCAAUAAUGUCAUCGAUGCGCUGGUGACAAAGUUGGCCCUCAAUGAUGCACGACUCCCCUACCCGAAAUGGGCAGAGCACAUACGAAAAAAUGUGUCGUCGUUCCGCGCCAUUUUUCACCAAAGAAUGAUCGACGCACAGAGUGACACAGCAGGACGAUAUCAUUCCGAGAUGCUACUCUCAUUCAUCGAAGAUCACCUCAAUAGACCGCAAAUUGCGAGGAACAAGGCCGUAUUUGUGUCAGGGCACGAUACUAAUUUCAUGACACUCGGUCGGCAACUUGACGUCUCCCCAUUAGCCAAUGAAACAGUUCCAUUUGCAGCUCUACUGGCCGUUGAGCUGCACUUCAUCAACGGAACCUACUUUGUAGAGCUGUGGCUUUCACCAUCGCUCGAUGACGAACUCUUUCGUGUGAAUAUACCUCAAUGCACGCACCCGUGUAAAUUGGAAACAUUGAAGGGCAUUUUACAGGGAAGACGUCUAACAAGAGACGCGUGGGAAGUGCAAUGCCGUGGUUUCGGGGUCCAUACCGGAUACGAUGGUAUUGUAACAGCGUCGAUGAUUCUUCUACUGGCCAUAUUUGUCAUAUCAACGGUGAUCCUUGCCUGUACAACAUAUUCGUAUCGAAAGCAAGUAAAAGAGCUUCAAGAUCCUGAACGACGACGUCUCCUGGAAGAGUCAUAA